AUGAUGCCUGCUCUGCCGAAAUUUCUUCUUGAUUCGUCUGGUAAUCACACUUCUACUUUGAAUCCUCAAUAUGUUACGUGGUUUAAGAAUGAUCAGAACAUUUUCAUUUGGAUUAGUUCUACACUCUCAGAUGCUCUUAUUCCAUACACUAUUGGAGUAAAUUCGGCUCGUGAGCUAUGGUCGAAAUUGGAAUCAUGCCUCGCAACUGCAUCGCAAUCACACAUUCACAAGCUUUGUUCUUAUCUUCGUAACAUCACGAAGGGUGAUUCUAUGUUUUGGCUUGGUUCUACCAUUAUUGAUAAACUUAAUGGUCUUCUUUUGAGCAAAGAGCUUAAGUUAACUACUUGCAAGAAAGCCUCUUCGUCGACACGAAUUCAGGCCUUUAAUUCUUUUGUUGGUCUUCUUCCCACACCGAUUGGUGAUUUUGGUUCACAUGCAUUCUUUACUCAGAGUGGAUCUAACUUGAAUUCCUAUGGUUCUCAACAGCGCGGCAAUUUUUCCAACCUUGGGCACUAUAAUAACCGUGAUACUCAGAGGAAUUAUCAAGGCUUUUAG